AUGAUACAGAUGCACAUGACGAGGCUGUCUCGCUGCAGCGGCUACGGCAUCCCGCUCCGCCGUGCUCUGCAGACGACAAGCUCUCGCACGGGCACGCCAUUCCGACGACCAACACCACCGCUGACGGCUGUCAGUAUCGACGGAGUACUUCUACGGAGCUCCGAUGCGUUGCCACGUGCGCAUAAGACCCUUUCGUAUCUGCAAUCGAACCGGAUUCCCUUCAUCUUGCUCACCAAUGGUGGGGGCAAGCAUGAGUCGCAGCGCGUGGCCGAGCUGAGUGCGAAGCUGGGCGUGGAUAUGGAGACUAGCAUGUUCGUGCAGAGCCACACGCCCUUUGCGGACAUGGACCACUACAAACAGAAGACCGUCAUGGUCGUGGGCGGCGUGGAGGACAAGUGCCGGGCAGUCGCCGAGGCGUAUGGCUUCAAGACGGUAGUGACGCCCGGUGACAUCCUGACGGCCUACCCUGAUGUGUGGCCCUUCUCCAAGCAGCUGCUCCCAUACUACAAGACCUUCACGCGUCCGCUGCCGGCCCCCAUCGACCCGGCCUCACCAGAGACGUCCCUGCGCAUCGACGCCGUUUUCGUCUACAAUGACCCCCGUGACUGGGGCUUGGAUGCUCAGAUCAUCAAGGAUGUCCUGCUCUCAUCGCGUGGUGUGCUCGGUACCCUGUCUCAGAAGAACGGCGACAAGGCACUGCCGAACAAGGGCUACCAGCAAGACGGACAGCCGACUCUCUAUUUCUCUAACCCAGACUUGCUGUGGGCUGCGAAAUACCAUCUGCCCAGGAUGGGUCAGGGCGGCUUCCGCGAGGCGCUGGAAGGCAUCUGGGCCGCAAUCACAGGCGGCGCAGCGGAGGGCGUGCAACUGCAGAAAGUGGUCAUGGGCAAGCCAUACCAGCCCACCUAUGAGUUUGCCGAGAAGCGGUUGAUGUCACAUCGGCAGCAUCUGCUACGUAGUCACGACGGCAAGCUGGCACCGCUCAAACGCGUGUAUAUGGUUGGCGAUAAUCCUGCCAGUGACAUUGCCGGCGGCAACAACUACAAGAGCCCUCAUGGCACUGACUGGGCUAGUAUUCUGGUUCAGACGGGUGUCUAUGUGGAGGGGACUACGCCGGCGCAUCGCCCGCGGAAGAUUGUAGGCGAUGUGUGGGAUGCGGUUGCUUGGGCUGCUGAGCAAGAAAAGUGGACGGGUUGA